UGGCGCUAAUGAGUUAGCCACGCAUACCGGAAGUGAAAAGCAGAAAAGAGGAGAAGUUUUGGCACGCCUGUACCUCUGUUUGCGCUUUCUUUAUUUGUGGUUUUUUUCUGAAAAUUGUCUCAGGUUUUCUUUUAGAUUUGCAGUAUGAGUCUGCAGUGGACGGCUGUGGCGUCUUUCCUGUACGCCGAGGUGUUCUUUGUCCUGCUGCUCUGCGUUCCUUUCGUCUCCCCUAAACGAUGGCAUAAAAUAUUCAAAUCUCGCCUGGUGGUUGCUAUUACAACGUAUGGGAACACAGCCUUCAUUGUGAUCAUCUGCAUCCUCGUCUUCCUUCUGGUUGAUGCAUUCAGAGAAGUACGGAAAUACAGUGUGACGGACAAAUUGGAUCUCUCAAACAAUCCUGUGGCCAUCGAGCACAUCCACAUGAAGCUGUUCAGAGCACAGAGGAAUGAGUACAUCGCUGGCUUUGCCCUGCUUCUCUGUCUGUUGCUGCGACGUCUGGUCAGCCUUCUUUCCCAGCAGGCCACGCUCAUGGCCUCCAACCAGGCCUUCCAGAAACAAGCAGAGAGUGCGAGCGACGCUGCACGGAAGUACAUGGAGGAGAACGAGAAGCUUCAGGAGAAACUGAGGGAUGCGGGAGUGGAGAUCCCGGAGGCGGGAGGCAAGGCUAAGAGCAAUGCAGAGGAGGACAGCGAGGCCCUGAAGGAGGAGGUCAGGAGGCUGAAGGAUGAGCUCGAAGCCACCAAGAAAGCUCUUCAGAAGUCAGAUGGUGACGUGAAGACGAUGAAAAAGCAGGCAGAGAAUCUGACAGUAGAGUAUGAUCGACUGCUCGAGGAGCAUUCCAAAUUACAGGCGACGUUUGACUCUCAGCAUGAUAAGAAGUCCGACUGAUGGAGUUUGCCCCACGCACCUGUCUGUCUCUCCUCUUCCUUCCUGAAGCCACGUCCACGCAUCACUUCCUGUUGCUGGAUUGUACCAUACAGGUUUAAGGAGUGAUCCCAUCCUGUAUGCUUAACGUCAGAUUACGCUGUGUUCAGUGUGUUGCAUCCUGUUGUCUUUUUUUUUUGGUGUGUAUGUUAAAGGUUACUGUUCUGUUUUCUCUCCUGAAUAUAACUUUUUUUUUUUUCUUAUUUUUUUGUCUUGUUAAAUCUUCAUAUUUUUGAGCGAGUGAGUGUGGGAAUGUUGGGAAAGAGGAGGGAGUGAACUGUUUCUUAUAAUGUUUAAUAUUUUACUAGAUGGACUAAAAUUCUUGUGGAUUAUGUCUAUAAUCCUGUUCAGAUGGUAAAAUUAUAUAAUUGUGAUUGUUUGGCGAGAAGUAUUUUCCAGUUCUGUGAAUUUUUCUCGUGUAGUUAUUUUUGCCUUAAAAGGAGACAACUGAACGAGUGCUUGCGAUGUUAUUAAACGGUGGUGAAUGUGUGGUUUUUGGUGUUUGAUUUAGGUGUCAUUACACUGUGCACUAAAGACUUUCUCUCCGUUUACUUCUGCUAUUGUAGGGUUUGUUUGUUUGUUUGUUUUUUGGGGGGGGGUGUUUGGUUUUUUUCCCCCCCUUUCUUCCUUCUCUUUCACUCUCCUCAAGCCUUUACUGUAGGAAAAUGAUCACCUCCGCUGUAGUUUCUGAAGCGAUGGCUCCCUCUCUUCCAGAGAAGUAAUGGAAAUGCACAGUGGACUAGUUUAUUCCAGUCCACACUGGUUUCGGUUGGUGUGUGAACAAGGCAGAGCAGCAACAGAGGCAGCUCAGAUCACCUUUCCAAACAUCGCCAUGUCGACUGAGGUUUUUCACAUAUCACAAACCUCUAGCAGUUAAUGCUAUAUGAGAAUGUUGAGCAUCAUCCUCUUAUUGACUCCCAGUUUCACUUCCCUACUGAUUGCUUGCAAUUAGGAGUCACAGAUCAAUAGCUUUUGUUUGGCCUGGAUGAUUCUAAAUGAUGGAAAAUGCAAUGCUUGUCAAUAAAAUAUGCUCAGCAUGCCACUGCAUUGGCACAGCUUUCAGUAGGAGUGUGUAUGAGUGUGUGAGCCUGGGGGUCAUCAAAGGGGCUGAGGCUUCGUAAUGAAAGUCCUUCUCACCCAAAAAUAUGCCUCCUUUGACUUAAAUCUUUCUUUGGCUCUGUUAAUCUCACAACAUCGUAGCAAAUCAUGAUGUGGCUCUUAAAAUAGAGCUGAGGGGGAUCACAAGGACACAUAGUUAAAUGGUUCAUCGCUCUGUCCUCGUGGACUGUUUAACUCCAUGAACCAUACAAGGAAUCUCAUCUCCACCAUAACCACCAGACUAUAGUUCAAUUUCUUCUGCGGGUGAAACUUUAACCUCACUGUACCAGGCACUUAAUAUCCCUGUAUGUUUAAAGACUUGAGGCAAUAUGUGAGGCUGGUUAUAUUCAGUUGUCACUCUUGCAGUCGUAGGUUUCUAUGGUAACAUUUGAUAGUAAUUGUGUGUUUAUUUGAUGAGUGACUUCUCGCUGAUGUCUGUAAACUAGUUAAUGAAUAAAUAAAUGAGUCUCCAGUUCCAACCAGUUUAAUUCCAGUGCUUUGGUUUCUGCAUCUGCAAAGUGUAGUACUUGGACAUGUUAGGUGCGGUUUUUUGUUUUGUUUUUUUAAAUAAAUAUAAAUUUGUGAAAUAAUCAAAAUACUCUGGCUGAUUUUAGUAGCACAUGGUUAGAUUGUAUUCUGAUUUCCCAGCAUGCCACAUUUUGUCUGUAAUGCCAAUUCACAUGUUUGGCACUGUGCUCCCACCAAAAUUGAAGUGCAUCUAUUAAAGUUUCAUUAAGAAUAA